AUGCAUCGGGGCGACCCUGUGCAUGACUGUGCCGUCGCACCCAGUCCCAUUGUCCCGACUUAUCGGCGUGAUCGACCUUACCUCUCGUCCAAGCUCCGACGCUAUAGUCAGUCUGUCAUGACGGGACAGCCUGAUGCGACGAGGACUCGAGGUGCUAGUAAUCCGCGGCCACAAGCUCGCUCAGCCGGAAUGGCGGAACGACCAUCCAGAAAUGAGAGUCUGAGCGACCUCGUUCGCUUCUUCCAGACUCAACAGAAUGGUACUCCCGCGGACCCUGCCUCUGCCUCGACAGCUUCGCUACCGAGCACCGAUUCCAAGGACAUGAAGCCCCUACAUCGCCGCCUGCUCCAGUUUACACAGCGUCAAAAGAAAGAUGGCUCAUCUAAGCCCAAGGUGAACGACCAGCAGAAGCAGAUCGAGGCGCUUCAACGCGAAGGGUAUCUGCUCACAACUCCAAUGCACAAACCCAAGGGAAGUCUGGAUCGGUCCCUGUCCCAAUCAAAGCGGCAGGAUGUCGAAAACAUUGGACAGCCUUGGCUGAAUGGGCCGAGGACGAGCCCGGACGACAGGAAGCGUCGCCUCGCCUCUCUGGAUCUCAGUGACUUUGGCUCCAUGGUCGAUGUCGCCGUUUCUCUGUCUGGUGCCUUUGAUGAUGAUUCUGUGCCGCCUCCCUACCAACCGCCUGCUCACGAAUCGUCCCCCUCAUCAUCCAUGAUACCAAUACCGGGCUCGACUACCAAUUCAAGCCCUAUCCGGGGACCCUCUCCAACAGGAGCCACAGAUACUCAGCACGGCAGGUUGUCGGAAGACCCAGUGCAACGGCCUGCUAGUUACGAGACCUCGAGUGUUCGCCUUGUCUCCAGAGAGCCAGCGCGUGCUUCUUCAACUAGCUUGCCAGUGACGCAGACAGAGCGAACCGAGAACACGCAGAAGAAGGAUCAGAUACCUAGCAAGCCCGAAAGUCCUAGGAAGUCCAGCGAAACGCCUGGUCCAUCAUUUACAGCCUCUCAGGCCACCUCUGCGUCUGCGCAACAUACGUUGAAGCUCUUCCCCAGUGUCGCCCCAUCGCGUGUAUCCAGCAAGAAUGCCAGGCGCAUCUCGUUGAACCCCCAGUAUACGACUUUCAGUGUUCACCCGCCGGUGACCCCUUCCCAGGCGAAUUUUCCGGAGAAUGCUGUUGGCCUUUCCGAAAGGCCAAACCCAUUAGCGGCGCCUUCAACAAGUGUACAAGCGCAUGACGGACAAGCAAAGUCUUCCAGCACCUCAUCAACUGCCGAAGCAUCCGCCAAUCCCACCAAGCCACAGGAAGAUACAGCAGAUGCCCAAAGCAAAGAAGCACCACAGCCAAUGUCCAUGGGCAGUACGUUGAGCGCCUUCCCUCUCCCAGCACCAACUAAGCCUCUACCGUCACUGCCGGCGAACCCCCGGUCACCAAGUGCUCCCCCAGAUGCCCCUGCCCAGUCCACUAUCCGAAUGGUCCGCUCAGGGCCAAUGGCGCUGGGGAUUCACUCUCUACCAGAAGAGCAAGACGGCAAGUUUGCCACCGCCAGUCUUCGUGACACUCGCCCUGCAACUGCUCUGGGCCACAGCGACCUCCGAGAGGAGGAAGAAGAGAAUGCUCCGCGUCCAAACUCGAGUCACUCCCGGUCGAUGACUCCUACGCAGUUCACCCCGAGGCGACGCCACCAGCACAUGCGCAUGUCUCCCAUGCAGGAAGUCCCCGAAAGCCCUUCGCGAAAGCGCGGUCAAGAUACCAAGGAUACUCCCUUGGCGGACUCUCCUGUGUUGGGACAUACUAGCCCUGUCAAACUUCCCAGGAACCGUGCCGUGCACAAGCAUGGACUGACCAUCAACCCUCGUGUUGAUAAAAAGAGUCUUCCUUUCGGUCUUCCCUCCCCUCCUCCUACUGCCAACCUUCCUCAGGAGCCUCCCACCCAGCGAGUCAACGCGCAACCAGCCCGCAACUAUACAACAUCGUCUGGAUCAUCACGGGCAAUGGAGAUACCUUUCGCCCCUGGGCCUUAUCGCGUCUCUCGCAGCAACAGUUCACGAAGUAGUCUUCGCCAUGAAAGCAUCCCCGAAGCAGACCAACCUGGGCGCUCCGAGUCACCACUUCCAUCUUCGGACGAUGAAGGCUUUGGACCUGGGACAGAUAAGACCCGCUCACGUCGCACCGUCGACAAACGUCAACACACCAAAACAACACGCCGAGUACAUGACACCCGUGAUGCACGACAGGCGUCUGCUCCGAGCCGGUCUCGCCAGCAACAGCAGCACCGCCGAAGGCGGUCCCUGACCCCCCCGGGCCGUAGCACUCACAGUAUUGAUAAGAAUGCUUCUUCACCGCAGUCUCAGUACUCCCAGUCCACCUAUCGGUCACGCGACUCUCCAAGCAGCUACCGCGCGCCUGCAUCUACCCAAUCCUCGCAUUUCCUGGAGGACCGCGUUGCGAACCUCGAGCGACAGAACAAGAUCCUCCAGGCUGCUUUGAUGGCUGCCCUUGACGUCAGCGUCAAGAAUAACAUGGACGAUUUCCAAACGGAUCCUAUGUUGACGCCCGCCUUUCCGCCCGCUGCGCUGGGAAACCCUUAUCUGCCUCGUUUCACUCCGCGCCCGGAGAGCUGGGUCAGCUCUCCUCGCAGCAGUGACUAUAGUGGAUUUGAGACACCCAGCUCGUCGUUCCGGGGUGGUCGCGCGAAGGUGAAGCAGCUUGACAACAGGGUCGAGGAUAUCGAGUCCGGAUGGACAUCUGACAAGUCCAGUCUGGCCGGACCUCGAGAAGCCCGAACAGCCCGGGCUUCUUAG